UUGAUUAAUUGGUUUAAUUUCUUCGCGAAGUCACGCCUGUGCUCGUAGACGGCAGCGUAAAAUAGCCUAUCAAGUCCCGAUAAUUGAACUUCCCAGCAAGUUUAUUCUAAUUUCAAGGCACAUGUAUGAGUAACAUCUACCUCGUGGAAGUGUGUAUAUAAUGACACGAGAAAGGUAGUUCACGGACACACUUCUUUAAGAGGAUUUCACUCAACUUCUGCUGGAAGGAAUUUCGAAAAGAAAUCUGUUGAAAAACUCUUGGGUUACACUGUUUGACGUAACUUGAAUAUCCAAAGUGUGAGUAUUUGGAUUCCCUGCGAACAAUGAGCAGGCCAAGCGUUUACGCGCAGGUCGUGGAAGUGAUCUCGAAGCCCACGUCGGAGAGAAAGGACUUCGAGAUCGCACCAUUGUUACCGUGGUUCAAGAAAAAAUCGGAGCUGUUUAAGGAUCUGAAAUCAGAUAUUCUUCAUGACGUCAUAAAACACUGCAGCUUUGUGAAAAACCGACAGAACCAACUGAUCAUACGGCAAGGAGAUAAGGGGGAAUGUUUCUUUAUCCUGCUUAGCGGUAGAGUGUCUAUCUAUAUCUUCUAUGCAAAGAACAUGGAUUCGUCCGAGAACGAGAGCACAGAGCACGAGAGUGACGUCACAGACGAUGAAUACAUCGUACGAGACCGUCGAAAAUUAGGAACCUACGUCACAACUCUAAACCCAGGUGCCACGUUCGGCGAGGUAGCUUUGGUCAGUGAGGACUGCGUUCGGACAGCGUCCAUCAUUUGUGACGAUCCCUGUGACAUGAUUGUCAUUGACCGAGACUUGUAUACAAGGUCUGUCAAAAGUGUACUAGCCCAGGAGUUCGAGGAUAAAGCCAAAUUCGUGAGCACUAACCAAUUUUUCGGCGGGUGGCCUCCCAAGUAUAAAAAGCAGCUGGCCAUGGCACUAGAAAAACACACGCUGACUUAUGACAGUGUAUUAGCGAAACAAGGACAGCCAGUGAAUGCCCUUUACUUUAUUUUAAGGGGAGAAGUCAAAUUAAGCAUGGAUCCACAGCUUCACUCAAGCAUGUUCCCCAGCAGUCCAACCAAAGUACGGGCCGAGAGAAAGAAAGAAGAUGCAAACGGCACACAAACAAAAGGUGCUCCUAUCUCUAGAAAACUGAGCCGCGCAGUACUGCAGAAAAAGGCCAACCCGCACAAAAAGAAGGUGGAGCCACGGAAGUUGAUUGACGUUUGUUGUUUAGGACCCAAUGAGUGCAUAGGUGAUAUAGAAGUUCUGUUGGAAUAUGAGACCUUUCUCCAGACGGCAAAAUGCACGCAAAAGACAGAAAUUCUGACUCUCGACAUGAGACACUGGGAUCGACUGUUUGUGAAACGCCAGCCAAAGACCAUUGAAAAAAUGAGGCAAGGCUUGGAACUGCGUAUACAGUGCAGAAUCACAGACGUUGUUGAAAAGCACAUACCGUUCAUGAAGCAACUUCUGUCGAAAUCAAAACAGUAUAAUAUCAUUAUUGAGAAUACAGAAAAUAGCAAAACUUUGUCAAAAAUGAACCCCACGAAAAAGGACGAUGCUGUAGACAUUGUGCCACCAUGGGGACCUCUGAUAGAUCAGUACGCUCCAGGAACCGUUUUUCACAGAAUUCGCGCUAGAGAACAUCGACGGAAGUUACGUCAGCUGAGAGACGAGCACCGAAAGUCGUUAGAACAUCCAACCAGUGCAGAUGAGCUAAUCGACUUCAACGAUGAUUCUGCAGUCAGACUUCCUAAGCAUCUUCAGAGACUGAUCUCGAAGAGGCACCCACAGCCUAAUGGCAUCUCUAGGACUGAAGAAAUUCAAAACGAUGUUCAUGGUCUCAUUGUGACCAGUACGGACGCAUCUCAUGCUAAUUUGGACGAUCUCGAAAAUAAGAUACAAAACUGGUUGGGACCAGGAUCUCGGUUGCGAGACAAAAAUAGAGUCGCCAGGCUGCGAAGAAUAGAUUUGGAGGCCAUGGAGCGCAAACCGGUUCCAGGAGUCCGGGUCUUCGUAAAGCCAAGACGAGCCCAGUCGGCCUCUGAUCAGUCACGUGACGGUUCUAUAGGAACGCCACCAGAUGAUUACUCUGACUAA